GCUUCUUGUCCGUCACCACCAUCUCCCCGCCUCCGCGCGCGGCCCUCCUCCGCGAAAAAUGGCUCCCCGCUGCGAGCCUCUAUGCCACUUUGCCGACAGGCUGUAUUUCACGACAUUCGCGAACCCUGUACCCCACCCCGAUACUCUCAAUGACGAGCUCGCCGAGACAGGCUACAAACCACGCGUACGCGCGCGUCCAAGAGGCGGACCGAGCGCUUCGCCCGACGAGGGCGCGCUAUACUACUACUUUACCCUCGACGACCAACUGCUCUACCUUUCCUUCUUCCAAGACUGGGGCCCCCUCAACAUGGCGAUGGUGUACAAGGCGUGCAUCUUGAUCCACGAGCUGCUGGAGGAGGAGACACUACGGUCAUAUCGACUCGUACUAUAUGCCUCGAACGACCCCAGGAGAAAGGCGAAUGCCGCGCUGAUCAUGGCGCUCUAUGUGUUGAUAGUGUUACGACGCGCGCCAUGGGAAGCCUUCCACCCCAUUGCUGAAAUGGAGUUCAUGCCCUUCCGCGACGCAGGCCGCGGACCCUCGGACUUCAAUCUCAGCAUACAAGACUGCCUCUGGGGCGUCUGGAAAGCACAACAGAACGGUCUAUGCGACAUGAACGAAUUUGACGUUGAGGACUAUGAAUAUUACGAGAAGGUGGAGAACGGCGACUGGAACUGGAUAACACCAAAAUUCAUCGCCUUCGCAUCACCAGUCGAGACGAAUUGGUUGAAGAACCAGAAGGAGGCGAGAGAGAGCCUAUCGCAUUCGACGUCGUCAAGCUCGGGCUCCAACCUCGCUCUGCAGAGAAGAUUACCAGCACCGUUCCAGAACUGCCUCGAUUACUUCGAGAAGCGAGGUGUGAAGCUGGUGGUCAGGUUAAACACCGAACUAUACGAUCGCAAUCAUUUCCUCGACCGAGGAAUCGACCACAUGGAGCUGUAUUUCGACGACGGUACCAAUCCCACGGACGAGAUAGUACGAGAGUUCCUGGAUACCUCGGACCGCAUCAUUGAGAACGGAGGUGUUGUCGCAGUGCACUGUAAAGCAGGCUUGGGUCGUACCGGUACGCUCAUCGGCGCGUACAUGAUCUGGAAAUACGGCUUCACCGCGAACGAGGCUAUCGCCUUCAUGCGCAUAGUGCGGCCUGGCAGUGUCGUCGGUCCACAACAGCAGUACAUGUACCUCAAGCAGCUGGAGUGGUCGAAGUGGGCAGCAGUGGACGAAAUGAAGAAGCAGACUGCGUUGGCGAAGGCAGCCGCCGCGGCGGUCGUAGCGCCUGCUACGCCGCCAGCCGAGCCGAUGGAUAUGGACGAGGAACGCGCGGGCAUGGCGACGCCGACAGGGCAGACUGCAUCGCCCGAUGUCGUGCUACCGCCAGUGACGCCCAGUCGGCACGUCGCUGCUGCGGCUGCGAAGGCGAAAGCCAUCGCGCCUCCUGGUCAGCCGCGGAAGACGCCAACGGCGAAGCGCGUCGCGCCGAUAUCGGACGACGAGGACACCAGCGACGUCCUACCUGCUCUCAACCUCAACCCCGUCGGCACGCGGAGGGUAUCGCGCAAUUCGAGAGCCGUGGCCGCGUCCCGCACUGCCGCAUCCGAACAACGACCAACACGGGUCACCCGUUCGAAGACGAACGCGACGACGCUCAAGGACACCGGGGGCUCGAACACCACCAUUGCGUCACCAACGAAGGGCCAGGGUCCUAACAAGAUCCCCCGCCUCGCCUCGACGCGCACCACCGCCGCCGCGAAGACUGCCAUCGCCGCCGCACGCGGGCACUCCAAGACCGCCUCCCAGUCCGCUGCGAAGGACCCCAGCACCACAUCCACAACCUCCACCCGGGUUACCCGCCAACGCGCCGCACCGCCCGCCUCGCCGAACAAGUCCACCGCGAACACGUCGAACGCCUCUAAUCCCGCGAACCCCAACCCUCCACCAUCGCCUACGCCCUCGCGCCUGCCGCAGCUAAAGCGGCCGACGCACCACACGACGUUGAGCGAGGUGGCGAGCUCGGUGACGCUGAAGAAGGCGAACACGGCGGAGGGGUGGAUGAGCAAUGCGGGGGAGGUGGUGGUGCCCAAGGGGAAGUCGGAGAGGCCCGGGUUGCGGACGACGAGGAGGCGGCGGAGCAGCUUCAGUAAUGCGGAUGUGGUGGCAUAAUGUCGUAGGUGGUUAUGGCUCGCUAGCACUACAUUUCCUUCCGUAUUCCGUGUUUGUCGCACAUUUGGUCGCUUAUGUGGAUCUCUUCUGCGUUCAUGCGCAUAGCUUUCGCUUUGAACCUGGACAUCGCUUUGCAUCUCCCCCAAUCUCGCGAAUCCCACUCACGUACAGUUAUGGACACCUGCAUCCGCGUUUCUGGUCGCUGGCGUUUUCCCUUCCUCGCAGCUUCUGCUUGCGUUUUCCGUCUUCUCUUUUUCCUUCUCUUCAGAUUUCAUCUAGUCGUCCUAUCUAUUCCGCCCGCAAUGGUCUCGUUUGGUGCGUGCUCCGGGUCAUGACGCCGGCGUCGACAGGGUUGUAUAUGGUGUAUGCAUAGAACAUUGGUGAAUGACGAUACGGUAUUUCCCUCUGCAUUCACAUGAGGUUGUAGGAGCGCUCAUGAAGCAAGUCUACGCGCAUGGAAGAGUCCGAUUGGGGG